GCACUCUUAACCACUGAGCCAUCUCUCCAGCACCUAAAGCAAGCACUCUUAACCACUGAGCUGUUCCUCAGGCCCAGGAGAAGUUCUGAUGGAGAGAUGGGAGGGCCCCAGGUGUUUCUGGGUGCCUGGGUUGAUGGGAGAUUUUUGUGUUCUCCUCCUGGCUGUGACCCAGAUGUCCACUUCCACCUGGCAUUUGCACUGGACAGGUGAGUCCUGCCUUAGAGGAGGAGAUAGUCUGGGCUCACAGAGGACAAGUCACACAGCCUGGACGGCCCGCAGUUUUAGGGAGGGUUGUGCAUUUGAGGGACUGUGCAAGCCUUGGGCUCAAACCCUGGUUUGGCAUCUUCCCAUCUGCCCACCGUGGGCAGCAUAUGAUCCUCUCCAUGUCUAUCAGAGGAACAAUGGGACCCAUUCCUGGUGUAGGAGUUGAACAGGAUGGAGAAGAGAGCAGGGACGAAUUUUGCAUUAAGUUGGCAUAUAGCACCCAAGCCAUGAAAACCACAUGGUGGCGAAUUGCUGAAGGCUGCCAAUGAGGAAGUGGGAAUACCAAAGACACCACAAAGCUCAGAGCUGUCUACAUACAGAUCCUGAGCUUGGCCAAGCUAGUGUCCUGCCCAAGAGCCCAUUUUAUAGAUAAGGACACUGAGUCCAGAGAUUGGGAGAGAAGGAGAGGUCAGCUGAAAGAGUUGGCACUAAGCUGGCUCAGGACCCUCCCUGGCGAGGAGUGGGACCAUCCUGCUGUCUUUCCCUCUGCAGUUGGAGGCUGUGGUGACUCAGCCAGUGGAAGUGUGGUUUGUGGAGGCUGCUGGGUGCAUCCCUGCACCAGUUUUGGCUUAUAAAUAGUGAUGAAAUGCAUAUCAUAUCAUAUCAUAUCAUAUCAUAUCAUAUCAUAUCAUAUCAUAUCAUAUCAUCAUAUCAUGCAGUGUAAUCCCUAACAUUGGGAUCUUUGAUCUUUGUUUUAGUCUUGAAGGACCUUGUCAUUUAUCUUAGACAGUCCUAGUUAAAUGACCCAGCCCAGGCCAAGUGGCACUGUCAGAGUGAAUGUUGUCAGUUCUGGCACCCGGUGAUAACUGCCACAGCCGCCCCGUCUCCUGAUGUCAGUCCUCUCUUCUGGGUGACUCAGAGCAGCCAGUGACUCUGCGCACCCCUGCUCCACCAUCUGCCUCCUCAUUCUGGCACCACAGUUCUGUCACGAAGGAUAAAUCUGCUGUCAUCCUUCCUGGCAGGGAGUUCCCAUCGCCUUUGAGGGGAAAUCCGGCAUAAGCUCUGAGGACAGAGGCUACCGCCCAGUACCACUCCAUCUUCUCCUUCUUCUUCUCUUUCUCCUUCUCCAAAAGAUUUAUUUAUUUAUUAUAUGUGAGUACACUGUGGCUGUCUUCAGAACCCAGAAGAGGGCAUCAGAUCCCAUUACAGAUGGUUGUGAGCCACCAUGUGGUUGCUGGGAUUUGAACUCAGGACCUUCAGAAGAGCAGUCAAUGCUCUUAACCAUUGAGUCAUCUCUCCAGCCCGUGGCUGCUGUUUCUACUGUCUUGUCCUUCCCUUCCCCUCCCUCCUCUUGCUCUCUCUCCCCUCUUUCUUGGUACUUUGUUUUCUUGAGACAGGAUCUCACGUAGCUCAGGCUGGUCUUGAACUCAUGUAGUUGAGGAUAGCCUUGAACUCAUGAUCUUCCUGCUCCUGAUUGCCAAGGUUUUGGAGGACUCACAUGGACUAUCGCCUCCAGCUUUGUCUGUUCGAAUUGCUGGGUAUUGACCUCAAGGGCAUCGUGCACAAGACAUGUGCCCAGUGCCUCUGAGCUAUAGUCUCCCUACUCAGCGGGGGCCACAGGUUCAGGGAGGUGAAACAGCUUGCCCACCCCACCUUUCCUUUCCUUUCCCCCCACUUUCCUCUUCUUAUUUCUCCUUUCCCUUCCCCUCCCACGUCCCUGUUGCUUUUUUUCUCUUCUCCCCACUCCUUCAGGGUCUUAUGUAGCCCAGGUUAGCCUCAGGCUCACAGUGUAGCUGAGGAUGACCUUAAACAUCUGAUUCUCCUGUCUCUACCUCUUGAGGACAGGUAUGAAUCACCUCACCCAGGAUCUAAACAAAGCUUUGUGCAGGUUAGGCACCAACUGAGCUACAUCACAGCCCCCAGCUUUGUAUUGUGACACAAUACACAUACAUUCUGCCACUAUAGCUGUUAUUUCCUUGGAGCCAGAACUCAGUAUGUGGCCCUGACUGACCUCAGGCAGAGGGGCUCACAGGGCUCCUGCCUCAGCCUCCCUUGCCUUCAUUUUAGCUGGUUUUCUUACAGGUCAAGAACAUAGAGUUGUUCACACUGAAGUGCUGCUGUUGCCGGCACCCUCUGCAGUGUCUUUUCACCUCUGUAGACCGAAACCCCUAUGCAUGGUGACUCUUCAGUCCCUGGUCCCCACGCCAGCUCACCGAAACUUCCUCUCAGUGAAUUCAGCUGGGUUCCUUAUACCAUGCGUGUCCUUUGUGCUUGGAUUAUGUCAACCGGAACUGUGUCCUGCAGGCUGUAGCAUGUGUUGGAAUUUAUUUAUUUAUUUGUGACACAUCUCACCGUGUGGCCCAGGCUGGCCCUGGACGGUCUCUGCCUUUCAAUUGCUUAGGUUUACAGGCAUGCACUGCCGCGCUUAGCUUUUCCCUUUUAAGAGCUAUGUUGACAUUCUAGUGGAUAUCUAGACCAGACUUCAUCUGAUCACCCACCCAAGGAUGGGUGUGUGUGUGAGAGAGAGAGAAGAGAGAAGAGAAGAGAGAGAGAGAGAAAGAGAGAGAGAGAGAGAGAGAGAGAGAGAGAGAGAGAGAGAGAACUGGUUUGAGAGUGGUUUUCAGUUCUUUCAGAUAUAUAGCUAGGAGUGAAAGCCAUUUUGUUUUAAAUACAACUUAAAACCAUCCCCUCUCCCUUGCCCAGUUAUCUCUUCUGCCUACUCAGUUCUCUACAAGAGUUUAUAUUAUAUUUCACAAACAUAAAAACAAUAAAGGUUUUAGCCACAUUCAGGGUGUGAGUAAGGUCAAGGCUAGCCUGGGUGAUUUGGGGCGAUCUUAUUUCAAAGUUAAAAAAAAAUUAAUGUCUGAAGACACCGCCCAGUAGUUAAGUGCUGUCUUGGCACAAGCCCUAGCUCAGGCUCCAGCACCGCAGAAACAACUCAAUUUGUUGAGACAGUGUCCAGUUGAUCAGGUUGGCUUCAAACUUUACCACAUAGCUGACGAUGGCCUUGAACUCCCAAUCUUCCAUCUUCCUGCCAUCCGCCAUUUUCCUUUCCUUUUUAGUUAUGAUCUCUCUAUGUAGCCCUGGCUGGUUUGGAUCUUGAUAUGUAGACCAGGCUGACUCUACUCACAGAGGUCUGCCUCUUGAGUACCAAGAUAAAAUGUAUCACUAGGCCCUGCAGCAAGAAGACUUCUUGGAAUCUGACCGGCCCUAGGGAACUCUCUGCAGUGAGCCCCAGAAAGUGGCUGCCCCGCCUCUGGUGCCUGCACACUGGUGGCAGGGGAGAACUGACCCUUCGAAGGCCCUGAGAAGCCACACAGCUCUGGAGCCAGCUGGGCAUCCUGCCUCUGCGGCUCUGCACCCUGCAUCCUAUGUGGCUGUUGCCCCUCAACCCGCAACUCCACGGUGAGCCGCCUCCUCUUCACCAGCUUCCUCUUCUUGGGGGUGCUGGUGUCCAUCAUCAUGCUGAGCCCGGGAGUGGAGAGUCAGCUUUACAAGCUGCCCUGGGUGUGUGAGGACAGGACCCAGCAACCCCUGGUCCUGCAGGGGCCCCUGGACUGCGGCUCCCUGCUGGGUUUCCGCGCUGUCUACCGUAUGUGCUUUGCCACAGCAGCCUUUUUCUUCUUCUUCAUGCUGUUAAUGAUCUGUGUCCGCAGUAGCCGGGAUCCGCGAGCAGCCAUCCAGAACGGGUUUUGGUUUUUUAAAUUCCUGAUCCUUGUGGGUAUCACUGUGGGCGCCUUCUACAUCCCUGAUGGCUCCUUUCCCAAGAUCUGGUUCUACUUUGGCGUCGUGGGCUCCUUCCUCUUCAUCCUCAUCCAGCUGAUCCUGUUUGUUGACUUUGCCCACUCCUGGAAUCAGCGGUGGCUGUGUAAGGCCGAGGAGUGUGACUCUCCAGCCUGGUACGCAGGCCUUUUCUUCUUCACCUUCCUCUUCUACCUGUUGUCCAUCGCUGCUGUGGCACUGAUGUUCGUCUACUACACGGAGUCUGGUGCCUGCCAUGAGGGCAAGGUCUUCAUCAGCCUCAAUCUCACCUUCUGUGUCUGCGUCUCCAUCAUUGCUGUCCUGCCCAAGGUCCAGGAUGCUCAGCCCAACUCGGGUCUGCUGCAAGCCUCCGUCAUAACCUUGUAUACAAUGUUUGUCACCUGGUCUGCCCUAUCCAACGUCCCUGACCAAAAAUGCAACCCUCACCUGCCCACUAAAAAUGGAACAGGCCAGGUGGACCUGGAGGACUACAGCACGGUGUGGUGGGAUGCCCCGAGCAUUGUGGGCCUCGUCAUCUUCAUCCUGUGCACCUUCUUCAUUAGCCUGCGAUCCUCUGACCACCGUCAGGUGAACAGCCUGAUGCAGACAGAGGAGUGUCCGGCAGAGAUGGUGCAGCAGCAGCAGGUGGCCGUCAGUGAUGGCAGAGCCUAUGACAAUGAGCAGGAUGGUGUCACCUACAGCUACUCCUUCUUCCACUUCUGCCUGGUGCUGGCCUCCCUGCAUGUCAUGAUGACGCUUACCAACUGGUACAGCCCUGGAGAGACCCGGAAGAUGAUCAGCACUUGGACCUCAGUGUGGGUGAAGAUCUGUGCCAGCUGGGCGGGGCUGUUCCUCUACCUGUGGACCCUAGUGGCACCCCUGCUCCUGCCCAACAGAGACUUCAGCUGAGAAUGCCCUGCUGCCUGCCUACCUGGUGCCUUGGGGCUCAACAAGGGUCAGCCCACCCUUGGCCACAGCUAUCUGCUCUCUUCCAGGACCCGCUCAAGUCAGGAUUCUCCAUUCUCAGUGCCUCCAGGGUCUGUGGGACAUUAUGCUCUGACCCAAGCCCUGCCUUCCUUUGCCCAUGAUCAUGCAUACCCACCCUUGGGACUGAAGUUAACCCCUGUUCUCAGGGUCUCCAGAAGAGGGCAUGAGAGUAGAGAGUGGCCCAGAGCUUCUCAGCUGACAGGGGGGGGGGGGUCACCCUAUACACUAAGGCCUGUGGGGGUACCCACCCUAUACACUAAGGCCUGUGCUCCAGGCCUCCAGAGCCCACCCCCUUCCUAGACCAUGUGCCUUAAUGAGUCUCUAAGACUUCACUCAAUAAACAUGCCAGUACCUG